CCCAAUCCCCCCGCUCUCUUUCCCCUCUUCAACCUCACCCUCUCAAAAUGGAGACCUCUCUCCUCUCAAUUCCCUCCUCUCCCCAAACCCUAACCCUAAAAACCCCAGCUUUCCACCUCAAAACCCCCAAAUCCAAAGCCCUAACGAUCCGCUCCGCCAUCAGCCGCACAAGGAAGGAGGAAACGGUCUCCACGGUGAAAGAAAACCUAGAGAGCAGCCACCUCGUCGCCGGAAUCAGAUACAAGGGCCUCACCGUCAAGCAGCUCCAGGACCUCCGGCGAUCUCUACCCGAGUCUGUGACCCUCCUCGUCGCCAAGAACACUCUCGUCGGCAAAGCCAUUGAGGGGACCCAGUGGGAGGCGCUGAAGCCUUGCAUGAAGGGGAUGAAUGCUUGGAUGUUUGUCAAGAGCGAGGAGAUCCCUGAGGCUCUCAAACCCUACAGGGCAUUUCAGAAAGAGAGGAAAUUGGAGAAUAACGAUUUUACAGGGGCAGUUUUUGAAGGCAGGUUUUAUGGGCCGGAUGAGUUCAAGGUGCUCGAGACAAUGCCAAGCAGAGCGGAGAUUUAUGCGAAGCUGCUUGGGGCAGUGCAAGGGCCUGCAUUGGGUUUGGUUAGCACGCUACAAGCACCAGCAAGGGAUGUUGUGAUGGUGCUCAAGGCGUAUGUGAAGAAGUUGGAGGAUGAGGCAUAGUGCUGAUUUGAUCAUGAGGUGUUCGAUGCGUGAGACGAAGUAAGCUCAUGUCUGAUCAAUGAAUGAAAACAGAGUAUACGUACGAGGACACUAUCGAUCUCAGUAGAGAACAAUGAGAUGAUGGUUCAUUGUUUUCUCAGCGUCAUAGAAACCUCCGAACAUGUUGUGCUUCUCUACACUAUCACAGUUUCUAAGUCAAAGUAGCAUAAUCCCAGUUCAUUUCAUGGAAUUUUUAGCUUUAUAUGUAUAACGCAAACAUGGCAAGCUUCGGCAAAUUAUUCCUUCAACUGAAUAUUUGUUGCAUACCCACUUAAGGGACCAGAUGCUUCUACG